CACUUGCAGAACCCUGUGGGAGAUGCAUACAUCUUCCAGAAGCAUUCAUGGAAUGUCCAGGACUCCAAACCCCAAUCUAAAGAUGAGGGAGGAUGUGGAGGGGACUAAUCCCAGAGCUGCAUUCCAGGAUGGGGGGGUGUGUGUGUGUGAGAGGAGAGGGUUGGGCCAGGGGGAGGGCAGGAAAGGGAGGAUGAUCGCUAUAUAAUGGAGCGCAAGAGUAAGACAGCUAAGGGUCUGGGUGCAAUGGCAGAAGGCCCCAGAGCUCAUCGACCACCUCCUUAUAGUGGGGGUGGGGGCUUUGAACCCCGAGACCCACUGGACUGCUGGGCCUGUGCAGUGCUGGUCACAGCCCAGAACUUGCUCGUGGCCACCUUCAACCUCCUGCUGCUGGGUGUGGUGCUAGGAACGGUUCUGCUGCCUUCUGUGCUCAUGCUGGCUUUUGGCUUCCUCUGCCACUCGAAGUUCCUGCGCUCCCAGGCACCCCCCUGUACCACCUACUUUCAGGACCCAGGAUUCACAGUGCUGCUGGUAGUAGGUUUUCUGCUCCUGGUACCUCUGCUGAUCCUCGCUUUAGCUGGUUACCGCCGCCUUUACUGCCGUCUCCGCCUAGCUGACUGCCUGGUACCCUACAGUCGGGCCAUCUACCAGGAUGCCCCACAAGCCUCCCAAUCUCUACCCACAGCCACUGGCAAAGUCUGGGUCUGAAAGGCCCCUCCCUUCCCCUACUCAAGAUAGUUUUUCUACUGCCCCAUCCCAACUCCCAACUUCAACUUCUGGACUGGAAACUAGGGAUUAAUUCUAGAAAUGAAGAAGACUCAAAGGGAAACAAUGUUUGGUCUCAAUGGAAAACAUCCACAAUAUCUGGACAAAACAUGAAAAAUCCCCGUUUCUGGACAGCUUCCUUCCCUUCCCACCAUGUGUACAGUUCAACUGUACCCCAUGACCCAUGGUGGGCUAGAUGCUCCUCUUCUACUCCAUUUUGGAAUAUUUGGACUAACUGUCCCAAAUGUUAACACUAAAUGUAAGUUACUUCAUGGGGGCAGGAGAGCCAGCUGAAAAUUAUGAGGGACUGUGUGAUUUGUGAAUAAAGGUUAAGGAAUCCGUCUCACA